UGGCUCAUUGCUGUCUGCACGCGAAAGACGAGGCUGACCCAUCCUUCAGCCUUUCCUGAUAGAAUCAGACUUUUUUUGUCUUUCUGUUUUGUAUGCAUCAGUGCUGCAUUUAAGUGCCUUCUUGACCCUGCGAUGAGGCUGUAGAGGCUUUACGUGGGAACUUGUCCUGCCAUGGAAUGUCACCAAGUCGCCGGACGUUUUGCUUCCCUCUCACCGGAUGAGAGCUUCGGGUUCGCAUCCAGAGACACUGUCCGCAUCUUCUGUCACUCCAAACAGAGGCUUUAUUAACAGCCUAAAGGACAGCUAGUUAAAUCAACUCGCACUUUAAUUUUUCACUCUGAUCCAGAAACGGCAGCUUGGCAAUGCGGCGCAUCGACAAGCUGAAAAAAGCCUUCCCCUUCGUGGCACGCUUCCAUCUGUACCGUAGACUGGGCAGUGGCAUGCAGUGUGAGGAAGGAACAGAAUGGCUGCUGGAGCUGCUGAUGGAGGUGCAGCUCCAGCAGUACUUCAAGAGGAUCCGAGACGACCUCAACGUCACGCGGCUCUCGCACUUCGACUACGUCAAGAAUGAAGACUUGGAGAAAAUUGGCAUGGGUCGACCCGGCCAGAGACGUCUUUGGGAGGCCGUGAAGAGGAGGAAGGCCAAGCGGAAAACCUGGAUGAGCAAGGUGUUCAGCGGGAAGCGGAUAGAGGGAGAAUUCGCCCAGCAGGGCCAGCUGGCCUCGUCGUUCCGCAAACUGUCCCUCACGCCUCCCCUCUGUCUGGGUGAUGGCGUCCUGGACACUCAGCUACACGGCGGCGGCGGCCCACUGGACGGCCAGCAGCAGCAGGCCCUCACCUGCCUCAUCCCAGAGAAGGACCUGACUCUGUUUGAGAAGCUCGGUGACGGCUCGUUUGGUGUCGUGAAAAGAGGGGAGUGGCUGACGCCUGGAGGGAACGUGCUGAACGUGGCAGUAAAGUGCCUGAAGACGGAUGUCCUCAGUCAGCCGGACGCUCUGGAGGAUUUCAUCUGCGAGGUCAACGCCAUGCACUCCCUGGACCAUCAGAACCUCAUCCGCCUCUACGGCGUGGUUCUCACACACCCCAUGAAGAUGGUGACCGAGCUGGCUCCUCUGGGUUCUCUGCUGGAUCGCCUGCGAUGCGUUCAUCCUCAGGGCCCGGUGCUGAUCCACACUCUGUGCCAGUACGCCGUUCAGGUAGCGAGCGGCAUGGCUUACCUGGAGCAGAGACGGUUCAUCCACAGGGACCUGGCAGCGAGGAACAUCCUGCUCUCCUCAGCUAACAGAGUGAAGAUCGGGGACUUCGGCCUGAUGAGGGCGCUGCCUAACAACGACGAGCACUAUGUGAUGCAGGAGCAUCGCAAGGUUCCCUUUGCUUGGUGUGCUCCAGAGAGCUUGAAGACAAGAACGUUCUCCCACGCCACUGACACCUGGAUGUUCGGCGUCACUCUCUGGGAGAUGUUCACGCACGGCCAGGAGCCCUGGCUGGGCCUAAACGGCAGCCAGACCAUGCCUACCGACAUGUGCGCUCUGCAGGACUUCGAUGAGCUCGACAAGCUUCACAUCAAAGUCAACGACGUCAUCACCAUCAUAGAGGGGAGGGCGGAGAAUUAUUGGUGGCGAGGGCAAAACAAGCGCACCCUGAAGGUGGGGCAGUUCCCCAGGAACGUGGUGACGUCCGUCGCGGGGCUGUCGGCGCACGACAUCAGCAGGCCUCUGAAAAACAGCUUCAUCCACACGGGUCAUGGAGACACCAACCCGCAUCGCUGCUGGGGCUUCCCGGACAGGAUUGACGACCUGUACCUGGGGAAUCCCAUGGAUCCUCCUGAUGUUCUGGGAGUGGACCUCAACCCCGCUCGGUCCACACAGCUGCCAGGACGAACCAAAAAACCGUGCUACGAUCCGGUCACUGAAGACGAGGAUUCCACCUCUGCAGCACUCAGGAGAUUAUCUCUUAGGAAAACCGGUUCGCUCAAAGGUCUGAAGCUUAAACCUGCCGCGUGGGUCUCUGCUAACAAGCAGAGUGGCCGGACCUCAAGUUCAGCCCACACCCCGAGCAGCGAGGUGUCCCUUAUUGACUUCGGGGAGGAUUUCUCACUCACGCCCUCUCCUUCACCCCUGGUCGAAAACCAAAAUCCAAUGCUGGCAAAGCUAGCGCUGCAAGUGGGCAACAUCCUGGACAAGACCCCGCCUCAAAGUCCGUCCAAGUGGCUGCAGCGGCCCCUGCACCCCACGCCGGUGGUAGACUGGGACGCCCGGCCGUUACCGCCGCCGCCGGCCUACGACGACGUAGCCCAAGAUGAAGACGACAUGGAGGUGAGCUCCAUCACCAGCUCGGAGCAGCAGCUCGAACACAAUCAGACUGCUGACCACGGCGUAGACGGAGCUCUCUCCUCAGGACAGGUGACUGAAAGCGACGGCAUCAUCUCGAAAGAUCCAGAAAGACCGGUUCUGGAGGACAACCUUUUCCUUCCCAGCAAGCACAGCCACACUGUCUCCCCGUCCUUCUCCCAAUCCGCAGAGAUUUUCCAGGAACUCCAGCAGGAGUGCAUGAGGAAGCUCAACGUCCCGACAGGUGGGGUUGGUCAGUGGACCCAUCAACAGCAUCUCUCCAUCAAUGAGGACAAACCUCAGAUCCCCCCACGUGUUCCAAUACCCCCUCGCCCAAUAAAACGGGGAGACUACACGUCCGCUCGCUGGUCGAGGGACCUUUCUGUUUCCCCGAUGCUGUCGGACCCCACGUACAACAUUUCUGGCACAAGCUUGGAACGACCGCCUCAGAUCCCGCCCAGAGACCCUCUGUCCCAGCCCAACUCCCGGACGCCAAGCCCCAACUGUGCGGUGGUGGGCUCUCUGCAGCAGAGGAUCUGCUCCGUUAGCCCCUCCACCCACCAGUCCUCACACUCUUAUUGCUCCCACCUCUCCACAUCUCCUGGCAAACCUAUGCCGACCACACAUAGCUUUGCCUCGGACCCCAAAUACGCCGCCCCAAAAGUGAUCCAAGCCCAGGGGAGGGACAACACCAACAGAGGUCCCUGUAUCCUGCCCAUUGUCCGAGACGGGCAGAAAGUCAGCAACACGCACUAUUACCUCCUGCCUGAGAGGCCGCCGUACCUCGACCGUUUCGAACGCUUCUUCAGAGAGGCUGAGAACCUCCCAGGCGGCAGCAGCGCCGAGGACAGGCAUGCACGGCACACCAACACGGCCACCGUGAGACCCAUGGUGGUCACUGCCCAGACAGUUCAGGGACUCGUCCAGCCGGGAGAGCUGAAGGCUAACUUCUCCUGCAAUAACAACUUUGGCAUGAGCACACAGCGGUCAGGGAUGAAGACAUCAGUCAGUCUCCCUCGUGUGUGUUCAGACGGGCUGAUGGGUCCAACAGUGAAUUCUUCCUGCACCAGGACAGAAGACGGAGGGAACUCUCUGGACAGAGUCCAAAUGGUGCAGGAGGCUGUUCACGGCGUGACAAUAGCAGAGUGUCAAGCCGCCCUCCAGAGCAACAGCUGGGAUGUCCAGAAGGCUGUGCAUUACCUAAAGGUGGAGCAGUUGUUCUGUUUGGGUCUGAGGAACCGGUCUGAGUGUGUAAAGCUGCUGGAGAUGUGUGACUGGAACCUGGAGAAGGCCAGCACUCAGAUAUUAGAAGAUUAUGGAAGACAAAGAUGAUGACUGAAGCUUGGACUCCUCUUCAGCCGAUCGCCGUCGACUUCAGUCGAGAAGAGAAGACGAGAAGCACAAACUGGUGAACUUUGAUCUGAACCCAUCGGUCAUAAUCACAGACACUGGAGCGGAAAACUAAAGUAUCCGAGUCGCUGUCUGACCUUCAUGUGGACUGUUGAUGUAAUUGUUGCACUUAGUUACAAAGACCUCGAAUCUGACCGUCUGGCAGGCCAGGGAGGAAGGAACGAACGGUCCCAGACAGAAAGACGGCACUCUGAGCUGUAACGGUUUACAGAAAGAAACAAAUAAAACAACAACAACAACAAAAAAGACGGAAUAAUGUUCUCAGAACGCAGAGUCAGCACAAAACCCCAAACCGCAUGCAUCUGUUUUGUUAAAGGUGAAGCUCAUCUGCUGGCAGCUGGAUCACCACUUAGCUCUAGAGAGAAAAAAGGACAAUAAAGUGUUUAAUUGGCUGGUGGGCAACUAUUGUGGAGGAAAUAUUUGUGUUUCUGUGUCAAGCUAGAUGUUUGUUGAGAGUUACGCUGCUGGAAGCUGGAGAGUGUGAGGUGGAGGGAGGGAGGAAACACGGUUACAAAUAAUAAUAAUAAAAAAAAACUUUGACUUUAUAGUUUGAAGAAGGAAGUGAGUCGCAAUGCGGUGCUUCGCUCUCUGCUUAUAGAAACACAUAAAACCUCUUGGAAAAUGAUGAAUAGAUGUUGGGGAGGAAGAGAAAAGGCCAAACAAGCACUUAAGAUGAUGAUAUUUAAAAGAUAUGAAUACGCUUUACAGGGAGAAAUACAUGCUAUUCAGCAUGUAAUGUAAUUAUUAUUUUUUUCCUGAGUAAAGAUUGUAUAUAAUAUAUUUUAUUUUGCAUCUUCCCUUAAACAAAAAAGAUUGUAUACAAGACAACACGGUGUGUGGAAUAUUACCGAACUCCAGGUACAACCGGCCCUCAUUUCCUCCCUGUAAGCACUUCGCCCUGAGAGGACUCCCAUGCAUCAGCCGAAAACCUCAGCCUGUGCAGUUUUCCGCAUGCGCCCCCAGACCUUGUUGGCAGCUAAUAAUGGCGGGGAGAGUGAAGUUUUUUGCUCCGUAAUCAUCACUUCCCGGCGGUCCUGCGACGCUUUCAGUCAGCAGCUUUACGGGGCCGAUCAUUUCCAACUGGCAGGGUAAAGUCAGACUCACUGUGGGAGAAACUUUUUUUUUUCUUCUCACUCUGUAUUGUCAUUGCAAAAGGAGUAUUACAGAUGCACUGAAUAAGUUGGAACUGCGGGGGGGAAAUGGUUGAAAUUUAAAUGGAUGUUUCAGGACUUUUGAGUUGCGGUUCUUUUAAAAGGUUCCUUUUAUUUAGCCUCAGUUUUUUUGAUUGGAGGAUGAAGCAAACGGCGAGUCUGAAGGGGAGGGAGGCCAAAGUGGGCUUUUACCAUCGUAAACCGACUCAAAAUGUGUCAGAGCGGUUUAUGAGAAUGCUGUUUUAUGGGCCAUAACGCUACAGCCAUAUUCACACAGAAGCCGGCUCUUAUUUUCUUGGGGAAACGGAGGCUAGGAGACACUGCACUGCCAAUGAUUUUGCUUUGUGGAAAAGGGAGACAAACAUGAGUUGUAGAGCAUUUCUGGUCAGAUUAACCACCUGCUAGAGAAGUAAAAUGGGGCGGAAAAAUCUAAACAUUUACUUGAACUGUUCAUAUAAAUCUUUGCUUUUUUUUUUUUUUAUGCCACUUCGCUUUUAUUUCAUGUAGGAAGAUUAUUGAUGGCGCACUACCUCCGAACUCCAUUUCCUGUAGCGGGGCGGGGGGGAUCUUUUGCAAACAUGAGAAUGGUUUAAGGGUUCGUAAAGCCAGCCCGUCCCAGAUUAGCUGUGCGCUUCAGCCUCCUGGAUUUAUGCCACAUGAAGAGUUAAGCUGCAGUGUGAAACAUUUUAUAAAAAAAUGUUUUUACAUAUUUGUUAAAACUGUCAGUUGGCACUGGGGGAUGGCGGAAGAGCUCAUUUCAUUUAUUUUUCUUCUCACAUCAUCGAUCUCAUAUCAAACUAUCACAACAAAAUGAUAGUUUUAAUAAAUAUACUUUUAUUUUUUAUAAAAGUUACACCCAGCAGCUUCAUUUAGGCUGAACUUCAGAAUCUUUAUGGAAACCACCUUGAGUAUUGUAGAGAGUUUUUUUUAGGUUUGUUUUGUUUUUGUUUUUUUACAGCAAUGGUUUCCCUACAUGUUGUCACAAUAAGUUUGUAUAAAACUGCUUAAAUCCUCUGAAAGGCUAACAGCUUGGAGAGGCUAAGCUAUGUAAUUUAGCUUUUUUGACUGAUCUGUGUCAGCUCUAGUACCAGGGAUGUUUUCUAUUAUAAAUCUUUCCUCUGAUCUGAACCUCAUUAAAAAAAAAAAAAAUCAAAACUAUCCUUUUAAAAGACCUAGAAGAAGCAGGAUGUAAAGGAUCUCACGGUCUGCGUUCAACACACUCACCUGUACGCUCACUGGGUCUGUUUGACGUCUCCGAUAAGCUAACCGACAGGAGCAUCCGACCAUUUUCACGUCUGUGCAGACUGGUUCUGACUAACCGACUGUUUCCAGGGUUAAAGGAUGACAUUGCAAAGGAGAACAUCAGGGCUUUCCUCUGGUUUGGACUCUCUCUCUCUCAGGUAACAUGUUACCUGUUCAUGUGCUGUUUGUCUUCACAACGAGCUGCUGUAGUUUCUGUUUUUUAGGACUGAAGUGAACCUGGGGAUCUCUCCCACACCUCCAAUUUAUAUGUUUAUCUCUGUAGAUUUUUUUUCUUUCUUCUGUCAGAUUUGUUUCUGUAGAACCUUAUUUUUAUUUAGUCUUCUCUCUUCAUUCUGCUGUCUCCUCUUUGCACUCUGUGUUGAUCUGAAAGACUCCUUUAAAGUUGCUCUUUAUUGUUUCUCUUUUCGCCAUUGAUGGAAACAAAGUUCAUGCUGCCGAAUUUACAGAUGUAUUUUUUAUUAAAGAAAGGAGUAAUUUUUGUA